AUGAAGGGGUGGGAGGACACAACGGUGCGGGAAGUCCGCUCCUAUGUCGGCUUACGAUUCCUGAUGGGCCUUCAGUCGAAGAGGGACCAGAGGGAAUGGUGGUCGACGGACCCGUUGAUGUCCUCGUCGGUGUUCGCCAAGACGAUGACCAGGGACCGCUACGAUGCCCUGACCUCCGCGCUCCACUUCGCUGACAACGAAGGGGAGCAUCCCGCGGAGGACAGGCUUUGGAAGCUGCGCCCUGUGUUAGACGUCUUGGAAUCGACGUAUCGAUCCGCCUUCGUCCCGAACAAGAACGUGACCGUCGACGAGAGCUUGUGGGCCUUCAAGGGGCGUCACACGCCCUCCAGUACAAUCCGAGCAAGAGGGCUCGGAGAGGGCUGA